UAUCGUACAGGGCAUUGGAGUUGUUGUGACCAAUGUGUGUGUCACCGUAAACAGCUCAGGGUUUAUUCGAGAGGUCACCUGCUUGUGAUUAUGUUAAAACAGUCCACCUGGACUAGACAGCACUUACUCAAAACAUUUUUAAAUAAAAUGCCAUUCUAUGCAGUAAGAACUGGAAAGAGACCAGGAGUAUACAAUACUUGGCCAGAAUGUCAAAGUCAGGUAAAAGGGUUUCCAAAUGCAAGGUAUAAAAAAUUUGAUACCAAGGCAGCUGCAUGGGAUUUUGUUCAUGGUGCAGAUGCCAGUUCAAAUAAGGGAUACAACAGCAAUGCACAACAUCACUCCACUGCCCCAAAAAGUUCAGGCUCAAGUUCUGGUCUGGGUGACAUCAAAAUGCAGUUGAAUUUGCUGACCACUACAUUGGUUGGAUGCAGAGUCAAUCUAGACACAACCCCUGGUCGACGUUCGCUAUCUACCCUAGCACAGAAGCAAAUGCAAGUCUUUUUGGGAAAUGUGAACCGCCUUGAAACUGAGGCUAGAGAACUGUCAUUUGUGAUAGAUCAAGAAGAUAGUGGCAAUGGAAGCAAAAGGCCAUCAACAUCAAGUGAGGAACCAGAAUAUAAAAAGAUGAAGAAAGGAGAGUUUGGUGAUUCAGAUACAGGCUCUGUUGUGAUUGUCUACACUGAUGGGGCAUGUAUCAACAAUGGGAAAGAGAAUGCUAGAGCUGGCAUAGGAGUAUACUGGGGUCCUGAUAAUCCUAUGAAUGUGUCUGAAAGGUUACCUGGAAAACAGACAAAUAACAGAGCUGAAAUUCAUGCAGCAGUAAGGGCAAUACAACAGGCUAAAGAGAUGGGAAAACAUGAUGUUAUCAUUCGCACAGAUAGCAUGUUCCUUAUAAAUAGUAUGACACAAUGGAUAGAAAAAUGGAGAAGCAAUGGUUGGAAGGUUGCCAAAGGAGCAGGUGUACUGAACAAAGAUGAUUUUCUAGAAUUGGAGAGAGUGAGUGAAGGAAUGCACAUUAAAUGGGAGCAUGUACCGGCACAUGUUGGCAUUGAAGGCAAUGAAGCAGCAGAUCAUCUAGCCAAUGAAGGAGCUGCUAAACCUCUGAAAUUUUCUUGAUGAACAAUGAAAUCAAACAUCUUUCUGAAUUCAUGGUCAUUUUCAAGUGUAUAUGGUGCUGUUGAACACAUGCAGAAAAAACAAAGACAAACUGUAAAAAUAUUUACUGUGAUUUCUUUAUUUCAUUUAUUUUUGCUAGAAUAUACAACUUAAGUUGCUUAAAAAACAUUGCACUGAGAUGAUGCAUGGUGCAGUGAUGAAGGGGGACAUUUUGAAAAAAUCUGGAAAAAGAAGCACCAAAGGUGCCAAGAGGGUGAAAUUAACACAACACCCAUAUUUGGAUUGCCAGAUAAACCCUGAAUAUUUGUAACUCUCAAGCUGACUCAAGGUGAUGAUGUCUUGUUGGGUGUAAAUUGUAAUAAAAAUUAUAAAUUAUGUGAAUAAUUGAAUGAGUAAGCUGGGUGUUUGUCAUUUGCAUUUAGAAAUUGGUGUUUUCACAUUACUUGAAGAACAGUGCUUUUAAUUGUUUCAAAGAGUGUUGGAUGUAAGAUUUCUGUGCAGUAUUCCAUUACUUCAGCACAGAUUUGUAGCUAUCAACCCUCAAAUUGAUAAAUAGAUCUAACAGAUUAAACCCAUACAACCCUGUACACAUUUAAGUAACCAUGGUCAUGGUCAGUCUUAACGUUAUGAAUUGAGUGAGUGUGGAUUCCUCAUGAGGCAUACAAACCACUUCUACUAGUUUCUUAUAUGACUCAAACAAAGUUGAUAAACCAAAUUAGUCCCUUGUUCAGCCAAAAAAUACCUUUAAAACUGCACCUUCUUCAAAUUUCUCGACAUAAAUUACUCUGUCCCUUCAGUUGGUGAGAGUAUGCUUAAUGACUAAAUACUGUGCAUGCAUAGUGAAGUCAUCACUCCCAUGUAUGGGUGUAGCUGUGUUCCCAGUUGCCUACUUAGUUAAUCAAGAUGACUGAAACGACCAAUGGA